CGGGCGGUCCGGCUGGUUCUUCGGCCAUCCGCGGCGGUGGCGGCGGCGACAUGGAGAGCGGGGCCUACGGCGCGGCCAAGGCGGGCGGCUCCUUCGACCUGGGGCGCUUCCUGGCGCAGCCGCAGGUCCUGGCGCGCGCCGUGUGCCUGGUCUUCGCCCUGAUCGUGUUUUCCUGCAUUUUCGGCGAGGGUUACAGCAACACCUCUUCGUCAGAGCAGCUCUACUGCGUCUUCAACCACAAUGAAGAUGCCUGUCGCUACGGCUGCGCCAUCGGCGUGCUGGCCUUCCUAGCCUGCGCCUUCUUCUUCGUCAUCGACGCCUACUUCCCCCAGAUCAGCAACGCCACGGACCGCAAGUACCUGGUCGUGGGCGACCUGCUUUUCUCAGCUCUCUGGACUUUCCUGUGGUUCGUCGGUUUCUGCUUCCUCACCAACCAGUGGGCAGCUACCAGUCCGGAUGAUGUGCUGGUGGGGGCCGACUCGGCGCGGGCGGCCAUUGCCUUCAGCUUCUUCUCCAUCUUCUCGUGGGGUGUGCUGGCCUCCCUGGCUUACCAGCGUUAUAAGGCGGGAGUGGAUGAUUUCAUCCAGAACUACGUGGACCCCAGCCCAGAUGUGAGCUCCGCCUACGCGUCUUACCCGGGCGCGUCCGUGGACACCUACCAGCAGCCGCCCUUCACCCAGAACGCCCAGAGCAGCGAGGGCUACCAGCCGCCCCCCGUUUACUGAGCAGCAGCAGCAGCCAGGGGCGCCCCAACUCCCUGCUGCCUCCUGGAGAGCCCCUGCCCUUUGGAACCCUGGCUGAGGCUGGCGGAUCCCACCCAAGUGCCUGUGCCCGAGGAGGCUUGGCGGCCCCCAGGCACU